AGGGGGUCACUCAAUUCCAAAGAGGCAGGCGGAGAAGCGGUUUAUUUUCGGGUCACCACUCACCAUCCCCCCUUGAGAGAUCCCGGCCGGCGGGACCUCUCUUUCUACCUUUCCAUCUCCAUUUUCCGAUAAACUUUAGUAACCAAAGAAAAAAGAAUUUACGAUAAAUAUUUGAAGCUUCUAUUAGAAUCUUCUGGAUCUUUCUCUAAGAAAUAGUUAGGGUUAGGGUUUUAGUUCUUUUUUUCUUCUUUUUGUUUUUCUUUUUUGAAACUAGAAAGAGCUAUGUCUGGUUUACAUCGGUCUUCGAGUGCGCCAUUAAAGAACGGUCUUCCUCCUCAAGAGCUUCUUGACGAUCUUUGCAGUCGGUUUGUUUUAAAUGUUCCAAAAGAGGACCAGCAGUCAUUUGAGAGAAUUCUCUUCCUUGUGGAGUAUGCACAUUGGUUCUAUGAGGACAACACAGUGGAAAAGAAUCCAUCAUUGAAGUCAUUGAACCUAAAGGAGUUCACCUCUUUAUUGUUUAACAGCUGCGAUGUUUUAAGGCCUUAUGUUGCUCAUAUAGAUGAUAUAUUUAAGGAUUUCACUGAUUACAAGGUUCGAGUUCCUGUAACUGGGGCAAUUAUUUUGGAUGAAACAUAUGAACGGUGCAUCCUAGUGAAGGGAUGGAAAGGGACAAGCUGGAGUUUCCCACGUGGGAAAAAGAACAAAGACGAGGAGGACCAUGCAUGUGCCAUUCGAGAAGUCUUAGAAGAAACAGGCUUCGAUGUUUCAGCUCUCCUAAACAAAGAUGAAUACAUUGAAGUAAUAUUUGGCCAGCAGAGAGUGCGGCUCUAUAUAAUUGCUGGUGUAAAGGAUGAUACUCCCUUUGCCCCACUUACGAAAAAGGAGAUCAGUGAAAUUGCAUGGCACCGGAUUGAUGAUCUUCAGCCUGCAACUAAUGAAGUAAUAUCUCGUGGGAUCACUGGCCUAAAGCUUUAUAUGGUGGCCCCCUUCUUAGCAUCUCUGAAAUCAUGGAUUUCAAAGCAUCCGUCCCCACUACCUCCUAGACCAGAUUUGCCUCUAAAAGGGGUUUCUAUUUGGAAAGCAAAGAACAGUUCCAUAGGAAGUAACUCAAUGAUUGUAGAGAGCCAAUCGAAUAAGCUUCAAUCCGAUGCUAAGCCGCCUGAUACUGGUCCUGGAAAGAGCUUCAGAAACUUUAGAUUUGAUACGGCAGCAGUAUUAAGAGCAUUGGAGGGUAGCUUUUCUACCUGAAGAUCAGAACAAGUUCUUACUGUGACGUCCUUUAUGUUGGUAUAGGUGGGACUUUUGGUUGCUAGAACUUGUUCACCUGUAAAACCAAACAGCAUCUUCGCCCCAAUCGGUUGUAUAUUCUUGUGGUCAUGUCGGGGUUUGUUUGACAUGUAAAUUCUGUAUAGAAAAAAGAACCUUUGGUGGCAAUGUAUGCUGUGGUCUUGUUCAUUGUUAUAUGUAAGUCAAAAACUGGUGAUUGGUGAAAUAUUAAAAUACUAUAGUCCACUUUGUACGGCUAACAGCUCCAUCGCUAAAAGCUGCUGCUCACUUGGUUGAUUUCAUGUUAUCAAAAUGGUGUGUUUGCUCUUCUUAGUAGCAUUUCGAUUAA